AUCGAUUUUGAGAUCAACAGAUUCGAGAGAUGAGGAGAGGAGGCAAGGAAGAAGACGAAGUUGAACAGUUGCUUCAAGCAGCUCAAGAUGAGAUGAUACUAAAGCUCUCUGUUGAUUCUCACACUUCUCGAUCUUCUUCCGAUUACUUAGAUCCAGAUCUUCACUCUAGAUUUCUCGCUCUCAAAUCUCAAAAGAAGAAGGAUCAGCAGCAACAACAGAAACAACGGCCGAGAAUGCAGCCGAAAUCAAAGGAUGUGGUUGAAGAAACACCAGAAGAUCUCAUGCUUAGAUUCGCGGCUCUGAAAACUUCUCUCCCCUCCGCGUCUUCUUCGUCCUCUGUUCUUCUUCAGGAUGAAAUCGGAGAAGAUGGUGAUGAAAUCGGAGAAGAUGCUGAAGUGGAUAAGCUGAUCCAAUGGGCUAUAGACGCAGCCCGUCUCGAUCCGUCUCCGUCUUCUGACGAUGAGCAAAGCCAGAAUUGCGAUAGCGAUGAUGAGAAUGAUUCAACUAGAGAUGUUAAACCUUAAUUUUAACAAUUUGGCUUCUCUUGUAAGGUAUAUAUACAUCCCUUUUUGUGCUUGUUAAAGAUUGUCGCUAGAAUGAGUGAAAGUUUGGAAUUUGCAAUGAGAUUGUUAAUUUUUCGAAUGUUGCAUUUCGUAGAUAUAUGAGAUAAAAGUGUUGUCAUUGUUACGAUCAUGGAAAAUGGAAUUUGAUAACAAUCCAAAUCAUUUGUUGUCAC